CCAUGAGCCUCCGCGGUUCAUGCUGCUGUAAGCGUGUCUGAAUCAACACUGAUGUUGUUUGUAAAUAAUCCGAGAUUUUAAAAGAUGUCUGAGUUGUUUAUGGAGUGUGAGGAGGAGGAGUUGGAGCCAUGGCAGAAAGCAAUACCUGAAAUAAAUCUGAUCGAUCUGGAUGAUGAAGAAGAUGAUGAUGAACCAAUAUUUGUAGGUGAAAUCUGUAGCUCCAAGCCUGCAGCCAACACAAAACCAGGAGCCGCUAACCAACAGAACCAGCGAAAUGUCCUGGUUCAAAAACCUGCAACGGUGACUACAGUGCAAAAUACACCGCAAGCCCCACCGAACCCUCCAAGGGUGGCUGCAGGUCCUACAAUCAUGGUUAGAGGCACAGCUCCGUCAGGAGGAAACCCCAUCCUCAUCCCUCUCAACACAACUCUAGGACCACAAACAGCCCCCCAACCCAUUAUUAUUAACAAUCAGGGUUACAUUGUGGCGUCACCACAGAAUCUCAACAGCAACACCUCCUUCAUCAGCUCAUUAGGGUCACAGUAUCCUCCGGGAACCACUUUUACUGUUGUGCAAGCCGGUCAGCAGAUAGUGCCACAGGUCAGUGUUGCACCAAAGCCAGGAGUGAUUCACAGGCCUCAAGUGCAGCUCAUCCAAGACAAUGUUGUGACCUUGUCCAAUGUACAAGCCCCAGCUAACCAUUCUUCUCAGUCCCGCACUAUUUCAGUUUCUCAAAAUACACCAGGGAUCAUCCCAACAACACUAGUGAAACCGAAAACCUCAUCCCUGCAGAUUAUGAACAGUAGAGAUAAUGGAAAAGUGAUGAAUGAUGCAAACAACAGUGUUUCCAAAGGAGCUGGAGAGAAGGAUUUCACAGGCACGAGGAAAUGCCCCAGAUGUCAGAAUGUGUUUCCUUUGGAGCCUUUAAAGAUUCAUAUGAAGCUGUGCUGCCCUGAAUUGUGGGACUCUGUGUUUCCCUCGACAUCGAGGCCUGACAAGCAAACCAUCACACCAAAAGUUUUUGAGUCCGACAAGGGCAAACUCAUCAUGCUGGUUUCAGACUUCUACUAUGGAAAAAGCGAUGGGGAUCCAUCUCUGAUGCCCAAAUUCAAGUCCAACACCACCUUCAAGUGCAACAGCUGUUUAAAAAUGCUCAAGAACAAUAUCAGGUUCAUGAACCACAUGAAGCAUCACCUGGAGUUAGAGAAGCAGAACAGUGAGAGCUGGGAGAGUCACACUACAUGCCAGCACUGUUACAGACAGUAUUCAACUCCUUUUCAACUGCAGUGUCACAUAGAGAGCGCCCACAGUCCCUUCGAGUCUAGUACCAACUGUAAAAUAUGUGAACUGGCUUUUGAGACAGAGCAAGUGCUUCUGGAGCAUAUGAGGGACAAUCACAAACCUGGAGAGAUGCCCUAUGGCUGUCAGGUUUGUAACUACAGGUCCUCCUUCUUCUCCGAUGUGGACAACCACUUUCGCACAGUCCACGAAAACACUAAAGACCUGCUUUGUCCCUUUUGUCUGAAAGUUCUUCGCAGCGGCCAUAUGUACAUGCAACACUACAUGAGACAUCAAAAAAAGGGGAUUCAGAGGUGUGGGAAAUGUCGAUUAAACUUCCUCACCUACAAGGAAAAAGUGGAACACAAAAUACACUUUCACCGAACCUACAGGAAGCCGAGAAACCUUGAAGGAUUACCUCCAGGAACCAAGGUGACAAUUCGAGCCUCGAUUUCUGGUGCACCAAUGAGCACUGAAUCUUCAAGCAAAUCCUACAUCAUACCCACAAGUCCUGAAACCACCAAACAACCUUUUAGAACACCACCAAACUCAACCAAACCAAAUGUUAAUGGAGGAAAAGCAAAGACCGCAAACCAGUUCAACUGGAACCGAUGCCUUUACAAUAUUGAGCUUAAACGACUAAAACUUCCAAAGGGAGGCAAUAAGUGUGUCGAGUGUCUCAAUGAUGUUGUGGACCCUUACAUUCAUUAUCCGUUAUCGCUGAAGUGCAAUAAAUGCAAGUACAGAUCAAGUUGUCAGAAAGCCUUCAGACAGCAUAUGAUCAGAUUUCACCAGAGUUCUACCAAAGUGCGGCUUGGGAAAGUGAAAAAGCCUCCACGUGGCGUGCGGAGUCUAACACUGGUGUGUCUCAAGUGUGACUUUCUGGCAGACGCUUCUGGCGCAGAUCAGAUGACCGAACAUUUGCUCAGCAGGUCGAACCACUCCUGCCAGGUCAUCAUGGAGCCAGUUUCCAAUGGAGGACCAGAAACGAACAGCUCAGAGGAUGUCCAUGAUGACUCCAAACAACUAGUUCCCAUCGAACCAGAUACUGAGGCCAGAGAUGAGACCAAACCCAUUCAGAGCAGUGAAAUACAAACAAUACCAGAUAAGGACACCGUAAUGGAGGAUGGGUCAGAGGCUCCUGAAGCUGACAAAAGUGACCAGGAUGAGGUGAAGGAGGACAUGGAGGAGGCCACCACCAACGAGGCAUCAGUAGAAGAAUCCCCUAAGAGUCUUCCUCCUCAGUCACCCGCCGAGGCUCCAGUCUGCCCCAUUUCUGCCCUGGCUGAUGAAGGUGCCGUAACUCCCUCUGAUUUUCUGUGUAAAACUGAUGGAUUGGAGGCAGGGAACGCAGACUCCCAGCUGGAACCCCUCACUCCGUCCAAAGUCCUUGAGGACGACACCACUGAAAACAACACACAAGUGGAGACUGAUGGUUAACUGCUAACAAGACUGAGGAUCCAUUGAAGCAUCACAAAACUCUAGAAGCAGCAGAGUGUUAUGAUGACUAGCUCUUCCCAAUUUUUUAUAUAGGAUAUGCGUUAAGAACUUUUUGUAGAUCCAAAAUAAGCUGAAAAUAUACUGUGCUAAAACAUUAUUUCAAAAUCUUGUACUGUGCGAGUACAAUAUUUCUGUACUGGCAUACGUAAUUUCUUUUUUUAAUGCACCCUCUGGAUUAAAAUUGAGUUGUAAAGGCAGCGAUGUGAAUGUUCCUCUGUGUAUAUGAUUGUUCUGAAGUUUUGUUUUCCAGUCCACAGUUGUGGGGAUUGUACAGAUGAUCACAGACCUAACAGAUCUAGAUUCCUACAUCUGCCUUUUUAAAGUGGUGGUUUCAUAAGACAAAAAAAAACAAGUUCUCAGCAAUUUCUCUGUAUUUAGGAAUGCUAAGAUGCGUCCUGUUAUUUUAUUUUUAUCUUUAGAUUGUGUGUAACGUAUUGUUAUAUGGACUUGAUCUGGAUAGGAUUCUGCAAUGGGAGUCAUUUCUCCUGUUGAUUGAGAGAGAUUGUAAAAGCAUUGUAGAAAUGACAUUCGUCUUAAUCAGUAAUAAACCUUUUAUAACAUA